AUGCGCGAAAAGGAUGAGGAUGAGCUGUCCGACUCGGCCAGGGCGGCGCUACAAAUUCAGCAAGAGAUCGAUGGUGGGACGUUCUCUCCCAAAAGAUCGGAUAGGAAGAAACCGAAGCCCAACGAUGGCACUCGGGGUGCGGUCACUGGAAUCGCUCUGGGUGAGUAUGCUCACAAUGCUCACAAGAAGGAUGCUCCUCAGGCACACAUCAAGGUGAAGGGCAGCAAGGCCGGGAUUCUGAGCGAAAGCCUGGAGUCCUUGGCCUACCGCGCCGGCUCGGACGACGAGGCGAUCCCGGAGGCGCCCACUGGAAGCUUCCGGCGGAAGGACUUGGAGCAGGAGGAGAGGGACCGCAGAGCCGGGAACAAGGCCACCAUGGGCUUGGAUGGAAAGGUCUAUGACUUCAUUGAUGGCCCAGAUGACGAAGCCAGCAGUGGCAAGGACAAGGAGGACAAAAGCAACAGGAAGUCCAAGAAGGCCAAAGCCAUUUGCAGAUUGCUGCUGCAGCUGCAUUGCCGGCCAGCUGAGCUUGCCGCCGAAGCCCUCGACAGCGACAUCGACAUCCAAGGUUUCAGCGAGGCCACUGUCGCGGUCAGGUUUCAUGCUGGGUUCGAGGCGGAGACGACUGUUGCUGGUCGCACCAGUUCUGGUAGGCAUUCUCCAGCUCUUAGGUGGGAGCUUUGUGCCUGGCGGGGCGACUCCUUGCUCGAGGACAUGCGUGAGGAAGAGAGCAAGCAGUUGCAGAGUGGCGUGCAGGCGGAGGAAGUUGAAGAUGUAGAAGACGACCUUGACAGCGAUCCCAACUGGCGGAAAGUCAGGGAGGAGAUGGUGCGAGUCUGGAACAUCCGCCACGAGGAUGAUGAGUGGCUCGUCGCUGAUGACGUGAAGGAGAUCAUGGACGAGCAUUUGCAGAGUGUAGUCGGCAGGGCCUACUACUUGGACAUGGAGGAGGCCUUCGUUGAGCUGGCGGAUGACGAGCCCAGACCCGGGGAGAUCAGCAGAGAAGACUUUGCGGAGAUCGCGGGUGCUUAUGUUUUCAGCACGCUCUACGAAGAAUAA